AGUGAAGUUCAACUCGACCGUCACCUCGUCGCGCCGCAAGUGCCGCAAGGCCCACUUCGGUGCCCACUCGACCCAGCGCCGCGUGCUCAUGAGCGCCAACCUGUCGAAGGACCUCCAGUCCAAGUACAACGUCCGCUCGAUGCCCAUCCGCAAGGACGACGAGGUCACGAUCGUCCGUGGCUCGUUCAAGAACCGUGAGGGCCGCGUCACGCAGUGCUACCGCAAGAAGUUCGUCAUCCACGUCGAGCGUGUCGUCAAGGAGAAGGUCAACGGCGCCGCCGUCCCGGUCGGCAUCCACCCCUCCAAGGUCGUCAUCACCAAGCUCAAGCUCGACAAGGACCGCAAGAAGAUCCUCGAGCGCAAGAACCGCGCCGUCGGUGACAAGAACAAGGGCAAGUUCACGGAGGCCGAUGUCGCCAUGGCCAACGUCGAUUAAAUUUGCGAUCGUGCGUUCAACUGCGGCUGCAGAAAGAGGUGAAGAGGCCGUCGUUAACUCCUACUCCAUGGAUUAAGACCCUUUUCUUCUACACCUUGGUCGA